AGAAAAAAAAAGAAAGACAAAAAUCAUAUUAAAAGAGAAAAGAAACUCGUCAACAUGCACUUUGAAAGUGAUUUUUCGCAAAAAGCAUAAGCACAAAAAUAAUCGCCCUGAUGAUUGUUAGCUUACUUCUCCUCACAUGUUUAUAGUCUCACUCGUGAACUGGAAAAUGUUGCUGUUGUGCGACAACGAUAAGAACAUACUGCCGUGAACGAUAGAAAUGAAAAUGAAACAAUAAAACAAAUAGUUGGCGCAAAAUGGUCGUUCAGCGUGACACUCAAACGACGGUAUGUUUUUCAGAUGUUCAUCCGCUGUGGGCCUAUCGCGACCAAGCGACUAGCUCGUACAGUUAUCUAAUCUGGAAGGUCUUCCUGACCCUUUUGGAUCCGACCGCUGUAAUGCGCAGUAAUGUUGUUUCUAUUUCUUUUUAUUUGUUUCGUCUUCCAGUUAUUUUUUGAUGCUACUGGGCAGAUUUCAGUUGAAUUGCGCACAGAAUCAGAAACUGUCAGUCGUUCGAGACGGUUCACAAUAAGCAGUCUCCAUCUAUUCACUCGAAUUCUACAGAGUUUGCUACUAUAGUUGUCUAGAAAGAUGAAAAACUUACUGCUAUCGGCUGGUGUGUUUGUUGUCGCCUUCCUGUUGGCUGGCACAGAUUUGUGGCCUUGCGGGACUCACGCAGCGAUUCUGCUCAACUAUGGCGACGAUGCGACACUUUUGACAAUUGCUGGAGAAAAUGACCCGUCGAGACAAAAACGACAAUUCAGGGGAACACCGAGCACGGAGCAAGAAAACACGGGAUUUGUUGGGAGAAAGAGUCGAAUAGCCCCCGUGCCUUCCGCACCGUUCACGGCGGAAUAUUUGGAAAAAUCGCGAAUGAUCUUCGACGCUCACCAGAUCCUCUACGGUCCUCUAUGGGAAUUGCAGGAGCAGUUCCCGAAUAAUAAUCGUGAUGAUUCUGCCGAUCUCAGCAAAGUCUUGAAUUACUUCAAAAACUACCAAAACAAAAAUUAUAACCUGAACACUCUUCCAGAGAAUUUGAAAAGGAAUUUCCCCACAACCGAACGGUUCCACCAAAUGUACCACAUGCGCAACGAAAUUUCCCAUCAGAGUUACUCGGUGGCAUGUUUCGAUUCGGACAAGAAAGUCCUAAUCGCGGUGGCCAAAUACUGGGAUGGCGUAAUAUCAAGCGGCGGAAGUUGGCAAAGAAGCCCAACUACCGCGAGUCCUGGCAUCAGAAACCGACAAACGUUGGAAUUAGCAAUCACCUUGGCUCUCGGGUACAGUGGAAGGUCAUCUACAUCGAACGCAAACAACAGCCAAUGCUCACGUCCUGCGACUGUCACCACUGGCAGCGGUGGGGGUUCCUCUCAGACUUUUAAUUCGAGACGUUCUACUCCUAGGCCUUCUAAUCCAGGAAGGCUUUCUGGCAGUGGAUAGUGGCAGGCAACAAAUUACAAUUGCACAAUUUUUUAUCGUUUUGAAGUGAAUGAAUCGCUAUGUAACAUGACUGCAUGCAACUUUUUACAGUGGUUAUUGCUAAUUUGGAUUGCUUCUAGUUCGGUGAAUAUUCAAUACAUUGCGUCAUUAACCUAAAUCACAUAGAGUUGGCAAAGGGACAGAAUAGGAAAGAGUGAUUCAAGAAGUCUGUUGCUGAAAGCUCGGCUGAAAGAGAGGCCAAAUUGAAAGGCUCUAAAUUAAAGUCGGUACUCGAUACGAUCAAACUGAAGUGGCUCCAGCACAAGAAGCUGGUUAAGAAAAUCGACUCGAAAUUUGUGACAUUGAUCGUUGGGGUUGACCACGAUGACAACAAAGUUCGAAAAACAGCAAAAACGAAAAAACAAAUAAUCUGCUACUCGAAGAAGCGCGGGAUGACGGGCAACUGCCAAAAUCGGCCGGGGCGAUCGAAUCGAAUAGAGAAUGAAACAAUGUUAAAA